GGUUCCAUGGCAACCGGAUUGGCUCCGUGGCAACCGGGUUGGCUCUGUGGCAACCGGAUUGGCUCCAUGGCAACCGUGUUGGCUCCAUGGCAACCGUGUUGGCUCCGUGGCAACCUUGUCGGCUCCCUGGCAACCGUUUUGGCUCCAUGGCAAUUCGGUUGGCUCCAUGGCAACCGUGUUGGCUCCAUGGCAACCGGGUUGGCCCCAUGGCAACCGGGUUGGCUCCAUGGCAACCGUGUUGGCCCCGUGGCAACCGAGUUGGCUCCAUGGCAACCGUGUUGGCUCCAUGGCAACCGUGUUGGGUCCGUGGCAAUCGUGUUGGCUCCAUGGCAACCGGAUGGGCUCCAUGGCAACCGGAUUGGCUCCAUGGCAACCGGAUUGGCUCCAUGGCAACCGGGCUGACUCCAUGGCGACCGGGUUGGCUCCAUGGCAACCGUGUUGGCUCCAUGGCAACCGUGUUGGCUCCAUGGCAACUCGGUUGGCUCCAUGGCAACCGUGUUGGCUCCAUGGCAACGUUUGGCUCCAUGGCAAAUCGGUCGACUCCAUGGCAUCCGCGUUGGCUCCAUGGCAACCCGAUUGGCUCCAUGGCACCUCGGUCGGCUCCAUGGCAAAUCGGUUGGCUCCAUGGCAACUCGGUUGGCUUCAGCAGUGUCUGCAUAGCCACCAACGUCAUCACACAGCAGCUGCACGCAUUCAAGACAACGACUGCCAGCAGCAGCAGUAGCAGCAGCAGCAGCAGCAGUAGCAGCAGCAGCAGCAGCAGCAGAGGGCAGGAUAGUUAGCUAGGGGAUAGGGUGAGGUAAGGCAAGGUAAGAUAUCUGGUACGGUGAGGUUCAGGUUGGGUAUAGGUUCGGUCUGGUGUGUGCUUGGUUAAUCAUGGUUCUCCUCUUCCCUCUCUUGUCUGCAGCUUGACGUGCUGGAUCCUUGGAGCAAGAGCAAGGCGAGGAGAACGGGCAGCAGUCUGUCUCAUCCCCCCCUCUCCCCUGCUUCCUUCCCCCCUCCCAGAAAUCAGGGAAUCGGAGUAGGACUGGCAGCUAGUAUGGAGUUCCCCAGUAACCACCCCCCCUCCCUUCCCAGCAGCUGCAACUGCAAUCACUAAGGUGCUCUGCUCGACUCUGGUAGGUAGAGAGCCGUGCCGGCCGUCUCUGAUUCGGGCAAGCUCAUGCUACGCCAGGGGGUGGAUUUGAGUCUUGGGCCAGUUCGCGCUUUUCCCCUUGCCACACCUCACUGCGAGGCAGAGCCACUCUGGGUGUUGUUUCCG